GCAAGGAAGGGAGGGAGGAGUUGAUGGGGGCUUCUUGAGUGAACAGUGGCCACAGAACAACGGUCAGAUACGGAUACACCCGGAGGCUUAGCCUAUUUUAGGCAGGGGGGUAAAUGGAAACGAUGGGGUCGGAUGAGCGAAAGGGGGACCAGGAUGAACAUGAUACGGAGGCCAGUGGGAGGGUCAUUGUUGAGGAGGGAGGCACAGUGCCGUCGCAGGACACUCGGGCUAGGACAGGCAGUCUUCGAAAGCUAGUUUCCUCCAUUUCCAAGCUGGCCAGGCGGCCAACGCGGGCGGCUCAUGACUUCUUCACGAAGGUAGCGCUAGGAGGGGAUACGAAAAUGAUGGACGCGGGAGAGCAGAAAAGCGGGAGGCAGACGGUGGCGAUGUGGUUGGGAUCGCUAUGUGUGAGUGGGGGGAUUAUAGUGGCAACUUUUUUCAUAAUAUACCACGCAAUGAAGCAACAGAAACUGAGCAGCUUGAAAAGGAGGUGUUCGACAUGGGGAGAAAAUAUGAGGUACAAGCUGUGGCAGGCGACGGUGAUGGCGAGGAUGGUUGUGGAUCUGAUAGCGUUGUUCCGACUGAGAGAAGAUCUAAUAACGGCACAAGAUCUGGCGGACUUCACAGGAACAAGUGAAUGGACGAGACCGUACGUAGAGAACAUAGAGUAUGGGGAAAUAGUGACAGCGGAGCAAAGAGAGGCGUACGAAUACCGAAUUGGGAGGAGAAUAUUUGACACGGACGGCAAACCCUCACCGGAAGCUGACGUAUAUUGCCCAAUCUUCUUCUCAGAGGACAGAAGCGUCACCACAGGUGUCAAUGCUUUCUCUGUUCCACAGGCGACAGUGAUCUACAGGCUAGCUUACCUACAUGGAGAAGAGGCCAUGUCAGGGCCUUUUCCAGAUAUUGCAAACAACGGGUAUCAGGUGUCAAUUGCCUAUCCUGUGUACAAGGAUGAAGAUCCAGGUUCCCAGACCUCGGACACGAAUAAGACAUGCUAUGGUAUUCUUUCUGCGCGGAUGAAAAUCACGACGAUUAUCAGUUAUUACCUGAAAGAUGCCAACCCAGCAUCCCAGGUUAUUGCCCGACUGUAUGAUGUCACAGAUCGUAAUGCCGCUAAACUCAUAUACGAAACUCAGCCGCCGUACAGCGAUACACCUGAAAAAUACGACUACAGUGGAGCAGUUCAUUUGAAUCGUUUUCGUCGCCAUGAAUUGCGAUGCCGAUAUGCUGUUAAGAUAGACGUCCAAAGGGAAGCGAUCAUCUGGGCAUCUGUGGUAGGCGGUGCCGUCAUCUGUGUCAGCAUUUUCAUGCUCCUGAGCAACCGAAUGGAUGUUGCCAACAAGCGACUGGAUGUCAUGAAGCAGCGAAAAGAGGGCAUUGAGAAAGCCAACUUAGCACUGGAAGUGGCCAACAAGGCAAAGGACACUUUCAUGGGUACCAUGUCACACGAGCUUCGCACACCGAUGAAUGGGAUCAUGGGUGGGUAAGAAACUCUCCUCCUUGCCCUCCUGGUGUCACACCAAUCAUUGCAUGUUUACACUCAAUUACUCGCCCUGGCUACUAGUGGAUGAUGCAACGAUGGUCGGAAAUAGAUAUAUCAAACAGACUACAGUGGAUAAGAAACCCUUCCCCUUGCCCAGGAGUCACACACACCAAUCAUUGCAUGUUUACACUCAAUUACUCGCCCUGGCUACCUGUGGAUGAAGCAAUGGCGUACAGAAAAAAAAUAUCAAACAGGCUGAAGUGGAGACAGUGGAGAGGAAACAAAACAAAGUGGCAGUGAAACU